UAGUUCAAUAAGCUAAGGUUAUUUUUGAAGAAUUAGUUCCCAUAAUUGAUAAUGGGUUUUAAUGGAAAUUCCAUAAAAACAUCAUCAGAUGGAGUGAGAGGAGAGAGUACUUUGCACUAUGCUUUACCAUUGUUAAUUAUUCAAACCAUCACAGUUGUGUUCCUCAGUCGCUUGCUUGCUUUCCUCCUCAAGCCCCUUCGCCAACCUAAAGUCGUCGCUAAGAUCCUUGCAGGGAUCAUGCUUGGACCGUCAGCAUUUGGGAGGAACAAAGCUUUCACGCAUUGGAUUUUUCCAUCAUGGAGUACUCCAAUUCUUGAAUGUGUAGCAAGCAUAGGACUCUUAUUUUUCUUGUUCCUCGUUGGCCUUGAAUUGGACUUAAACGCCAUUCUUAGAAGUGGAAAAAAAGCUGCUGGAAUAGCAUUUGCAGGAAUUUCAUUGCCCUUUCUCUUAAGCAUUGGAGUUGCUUUUCUUCUAAGAAAAGUACUAAAAGGGAUUGAUAGUGUUGGAUAUGGAGAAUUUUUCUUGUUCAUUGGUGUUUCACUUUCAAUCACUGCCUUCCCCGUUCUUGCUCGAAUCCUUGCCGAACUAAGGUUACUUACUACAUAAGUUGGUGAAACGGCCAUGGCAGCAGCUGCAUUUAAUGAUGUUGCUGCAUGGAUUUUACUUGCUCUUGCAGUUGCUCUAGCAGGAGGAGGAGGAACUCAUCAUAGUCCUUUAAUCUCCCUUUGGGUUCUUCUAUCUGAAAUUGGCUUUAUAGUUUUUAUGUUCCUAAUUAUUAGGCCAAUUAUGAUUUGGGUGGCUAAAAAAUCUUCAAGUGGGAACAAUAUUGUGGAGGAAACUUACAUAUGUUUGAGCCUAGCUGGAGUGAUGUUGUUUGGUUUUAUGACUGAUUUUAUUGGCAUACAUGCAAUAUUUGGAGCAUUUAUUUUUGGAUUAACUAUUCCAAAAAGUGGGGAUUUUUCAGGGAGGUUGAUUUCAAGAAUUGAGGAUUUUGUAUCUGGAUUAUUAUUGCCACUUUAUUUUGCUUCAAGUGGGAUUAAGACUGAUAUUACACAAAUUCAUAGUCUUGGGGCUUGGGGACUUGUGGUUCUUGUUGUGUCCACAGCUUGUGCAGGGAAAGUUUUGGGGACAUUUGUAGGAGGGAUGUUUUGUGCUCUACCAUUGAGGGAAGCCUUAGCACUUGGAUUUUUGAUGAACACGAAAGGAUUGGUGGAGCUCAUUGUUCUAAAUAUUGGCAAAGAGAAAAAGGUUUUGGACGAUGAGACGUUUGCAAUAUUGGUGAUCAUGGCACUUUUUACAACCUUCAUCACAACUCCUAUUGUAAUGGCUAUUCACAAACCAUCAUCACCAACACACGAACCUCAACUCGAAUUCCCACAAAAGAAGACCAAACAAAACAAUAACCUUCGAAUCCUAGCAUGCCUACGUGGCCCAAGUGACGCACGUGCACUCAUAAAUCUCGUCGAGUCACUAAGGUCCAACAAAAAUAAUAAUAACUACUCCUCAAUCACCAAACUAUACGCGAUGCGACUCAUGGAAUUCACCGACCGAUUGUCAUCUAUAAUGAUGGUUCAACGUGCCCGAAAGAACGGUUUUCCAUUCAUCGGCCGGGUACUCCGUCGAGAUGACGCGACCGAUCAAGUGGCGGCGGCGUUCGAGGCUUAUAGUUCUCUAGGACGAGUUAUGGUUCAGCCCACAAUGGCUAUCUCGGGUUUACCGGAUUUGCACGAGGAUAUCAUUCAUGUUGCGGAGAAGAAACAGGUUGAAUUGAUAAUUUUGCCGUUUGAUAAAUACUGGCAAAUGGAAGGGGACGAAGAAGUGGAGAUUCAUGCAGGCCAUGGAUGGAGAAUGGUGAAUGAGAGGGUGCUGAAUGAGGCGCCGUGCUCGGUGGGAGUGCUGGUUGAUCGUGGAUUACAAGUUAACAAUGGCAUGAGAGUUUGCACUGUGUUUUUUGGUGGACCUGAUUGUCGUAAGGCUUUGGAAUUUGGUAGUAGAAUGGUUGAACAUCCUGCUGUCAGGAUUACCUUAGUAAGAUUCAUCCGUCAUGAGAGUGAUUUUGAUGAAGCUGAAAGGACCUUGGAUGAUAUGACUAUUUCAGAAUUCAAGAUGAGGUGGGGUAAACAAACUCUAUAUGCUGAGAAAGAAGCAAAUAAUAAUUUGGUGAAUGAAGUGUUGACAACGGGAAUGAGUGGAGAAUUUGAGCUGAUGAUAGUAGGGAAUAAAAGUAAGUUCCCACAAGGCAUAAUGGCAAAACUGUUUGAGCAACACUUAAAUGAGCACAAUAAUUCAGAAUUGGGGCCAGUGGCUAAUCUAUUGGCUUCAUCAGGCAAAGGGAUAAAAAGUUCUGUCCUAGUGAUCCAACAACAAGAAGCUAGUUUUGGCUGUGGAAAUAGUGCAAGCAAGGAUAUUGGGAACUCAAAAGUGGCUAGCUUUAUAGAUGGUUCAGACACCAUCAAUAAGAAUGUGUGACCAAUUUGAUAUAAUAUCAUUAAUUACAAAGUAUUAUCAAAUCAAUUAGCUGUUGAAUUUGAAGAAAUCCUCUUCAAGUAGUAGUUAAGUUUACAUUAAUGUCUUGUCCUCUAUGUGUUUAUAUUGAAUAAAUGUGUUGAAG